AUGUAUUCCGUGGAAGUGUUCGGCAGCCGCGUGUCGGGCGGCGGGUCGCUGGGCGGCGCGGGCGGCGCGCCCGAGGCGGUGGGCGUGGCGUGGGCGGGCGCGGCGCUGCCCAGCCGCCACGAGGGGCUCGCGCCCGCCCUGCACGCGCUGGGCGGGCCCGAGGUGCUGCUCUACCUCUACGCCAGGGUGGUGGAGCUGGACGGGUCCCCGACGGAGCAGGCGGCGGCGCUGCGGCUGCUGCUGCGUGCGGCCGGGCUGGACGCGCGCCUGCACGCCGCCGCGCUGGCGCCGCCCACACUCGACAUGCUGCUCGUCGUGCUCGCCAGCCCCAAGUGCCACGUGGGACACCACCUGCUGCGGGUGAGUGUAGCCUACAGCUGCAGCAGGCGGCGGGCUGGACGCGCGCCUGCACGCCGCCCACACUCGACAUGCUGCUCGUCGUGCUCGCCAGCCCCAAGUGCCACGUAGGACACCACCUGCUGCGGGUGAGACAUUAUCUUAUUACGUACUAUAGCAAACUUUCCAAUUUUGCAUUUUAAUUGAGGCAAGUAUUUGAUUGCAAUCCUACUUGACGUUAAGUAAAGAUGUUUUUUGUAAUGUACGGCGUUCUCCGGUGAAACGCUCCGUUC